CUGCGGGCAAGUUCUUGGACAGUACUUGUAAUCAAUGCAAUUUAGAUGAGCGGACAGCGCGCAGCAUGACCUACCCCCAGACCGAUUGACGCUGGUGGUGAUCGAGCAGCAAAGGUUCCUACAGAGUCGUCAGGUUGCUGGUCAGGUGGAGAGGAUACUUGGUGGUGGUGCAGAAAAGGCUUUGGCAGGUGAAAGUUGCGGUCGCACCCUUCUUCUUGUAAGGACGUGCAGUUCUUUGCUGUCACUACGAAGCCUUGAUUCUCGAGUUUAUAAACAUCAUCACGUGUCCCGGCGACGGUUACCCACGUGAGAAGGCCAACUAGCAGAUGCUUUUGGCAACGCUGAGCGUCGAUCUACGUCUCCUUGUCUACUAGCCCGGUCGUGAAAUAUGUGGGAAAAAGCAUGGGAGCCAUAGAAGGAUCGGACACCUUGUUGGCUCUAUCGGCCUUUUUCCUAAUCGUUUUCAUUCCUCUCACCAGCCAAGUCUUCGUUUUCCUACCAUGGUUACGCCCAGUCACAGUCAAUUCUGGUCUUGUUCUGUUUGUAUUCAACGGCUGUGUGGGAAUGCUCAUUUUGAACUACUACUUGUGUGUCACGACUGAUCCCGGUCGAGUAGCCCCUGGGUGGGAACCGGAAGGACUCGGGCAAUUUGGAGAACUCGAGGCUACUUCGCUGACGAACGGAGGCGAGACGAUCACAGGCUUACCCCGAUAUUGCAGAAUCUGUAACGGCUUUAAGCCUCCUCGAACUCAUCACUGCAAAAGAUGUGGGCGGUGCAUUUUACGCAUGGAUCAUCAUUGCCAGUGGCUCAAUAACUGCAUUGGUCACCAUAAUCACGGCCAUUUUAUCAGAUUCCUUAUCUUUACGGUAUUGUCUUGUGGGAUGUGCAUGGUCAUGAUCUUUGCCCGCCUGCUUGACCUCGUAAGAGAAGCUUUUAAAGAGGGGACGAAGCCAGAGCCUCUCGGGCUUGUUCCUGUUUUGUUUAUCGCGGUCAACAUGUGCCUGUUGGUUCCGCUCACUAGUAUCUUAGCGAUGCUUCUUUCACAGCAAUUGCGGAACAUGUACAGAAAUCUUACAACUAUAGAAUACUUGGAGAAAAUCGACGCAUCCUUCGCGUACGAUGAAAGUUUUGCAGCUGACCCGUACGAUCUUGGGUGCCUGGAAAAUACUGCCGUCAUUUUAGGCGACAGUCCUAUGUUGUGGCUGAUACCGCAGCGGAUGAAAGGUGAUGGUCACGUUUUCAUUUGCAAAGGAGAUAUUGAAGGGUUUGCGAGCGACCACAAACGGCCUUGGGAGUAGACGGGGAGCAUUGAUUCAAGGAUGUGCGGAAUUCUGUCGCUUAGUCUCGCGGACGGUUACGUGAGCGUCGGUUGUGCCUGUUGUGGACCAUGAUCGCACGUCCCCAACCGAAAAGUAAACACACCUCACCAGCGUUCUGGCGAUUAGAGAGACGUCUGCGCGCACUCACACACACAUAUGUGUGUCCAUGGGGCCAACGUACUUGAGUACAGUGCGAGACUGCCAUCGCCGAUAGUUGUCCGUUUUCACCUCGAUAUCUCGUCAAACGUCAAUUGACGCACGGGACGACCGUUACAAAUGCUCUAUGUCUUUGGUGAAACCUAAGAAGCACUUGUCGUUUCGCCAUCUUAAUCGAUACGGACCAUAAACAGGGCACCCGAUAUUGGGUUAGGGUAACCGUUCAGUAUAAUCCGACCAGGUUGAUUGAAUUCUGUGGAAUGUGGAUAUACGCCACACGGCCAACUAGAUCAUCUACAUUAGAAAUCGUAACUCUAAUUAUCUCCCCGAAUGAUGAAAUGUCUAUACAGUAUCGAUGGUAGAUAAUAAAAUCGGACUACCGCUACGAAAGUUAGGUUCAGUUCCUUUCGGUGGCGUUGGAAGAGAAGAAUCGGCGUUUUCCUUUUGCCAUUGCAUUCCCCUUGGA